CAAGAGCUCGCUGCGCUGAGUGCUGCGCGAGCAGCGUCCACGGCCAUGGCAGUGGCUUUUGUUGCGCCUGCCUCACCCUUGCGUCCCGCCGGCGCAACGCUGGGUGCUUUGAGCCAUCGCGAGGUUCAGGCGCCGCGUCGGCCGCAUGCUGAGUUGGUCACCGGCGCGGCGGCCGCAGGGGCUGUCACCGCACUGCGCGCCAAGGCUCGCGCCCGGACCCGGCGCUCGCGCGGCGAAGCGAAGCCGCGCGUGGUGCGCCGGGCCUCGAAAGCGGUCGAGGAGCUGAGACGACUGGUCCACUUGGGAGGCCCCUCAGCAGAGAAGGCGCUUGCAGUAAACCUGGACAAUAACUUCUACGGCAGUUUCGCUGAGAUCGGCGCUGGUCAGGAGGUGUCCCGGACCUUCCUGCAAGCCGGGGCGGCGGCUGGAACGGUGGCCCGGUCCAUCUCUGCCUACGACAUGAAGAUGUCGGACGUGAACUACGGCAAGGCAUGGGUGACGCCUUGA